CCCGGCCACGGUCCCGGCAGCCAUAGCCCCUUCCCCGCUGCCCUCCUGCCAUCCCCGGCAUGCGGAGCCGCGGCUGAGGGAGGCGGCCCCAGCCCUCCCCGGCCAUGCUCCCCCGGCCCCCCUUCCCCGGGGAGGUGAAGCGAGCGGCGGCCUCGGGGCGCAGCCGCUCCCGGGCUCGGGGUGCGGGCGGCGGGACGGUGCUGCUGCCCUCCAUGCUGAUGUUCGGCGUGAUCCUGGCCUCCAGCGGGCUGCUCCUCAUGAUCGAGAAGGGAAUCUUGGCCGAGGUGAAGCCGCUGCCGCUGCACCCGCCGGCGGGGGAGCUCUCCCGGCGAGGAGGAGGAGGUGGCGGUGGUGGGGAGGAGGUCCCGGGUGAUUUGGACUCCGAGGUGCUGCGGGACAUCCGCAACCGAACCAUCCGCGCCGUCUGCGGGCAGCGGGCGAUGCCCCGGAGCGUCUGGGAGCUGCCGGCCGGGCAGCGUCGGACGGUGCUCCGGCACCUCCUGGUCAGUGACAAAUACCGGUUCUUGUACUGCUACGUCCCCAAGGUCGCCUGCUCCAACUGGAAACGCAUCCUGAAGGUGCUGGGCGGGGCGCUGGAGAGCGUCGACGUCAAGCUGAAGAUGGACCACAAGAGCGACCUGGUGUUCCUGGGGGACAUGAAGCCCGAUGAGAUCAGCUACCGCCUGAAGAACUACUACAAGUUCAUCUUCGUCAGGAACCCCAUGGAGAGGCUGCUCUCGGCCUACAGGAAUAAAUUCGGGGAGAUCAAGGAGUACCAGCAGAAGUACGGGGUGGAGAUCGUCCGGCGGUAUCGGAAGAACGGGGGGAACUCGGCGGGGGACGACGUGACCUUCUCCGAGUUCCUGCGGUACCUGCUGGACGAGGAGGUGGAGAGGAUGAACGAGCACUGGAUGCCCAUCUACAACCUCUGCCAGCCCUGCGCCGUGCGCUACGACUUCAUCGGCUCCUACGAGCGCCUCGACGCCGACGCCCGCCGCGUCCUGGAGCGGAUCCGCUCGCCCUCCGGGAUCCGCUUCCCCGAGCGCCAGGCGUGGUACAACCCCGUCACCCCAGAGACCCUCCAGUACUACCUGUGCAACACCCAGCGGUGGCUGAUCCAGGAGCUGCUGCCCAAGUACAUCCUGGAUUUCUCCCUCUUUGCCUACCCCCUGCCCAACGUCACCACCGAGUUCUGCAGGCAAUGAGUUGGUGCUUGGCAGACCUCGGGAAUCCCGGUGCCGGGAACACGUUGCUGCAGGGCCUGGGGAACACACCCCUCUAUGCAUUACUUCCUAAUUUUAUACUUUCCAAAGCCUGUUUAUAUGAAGUAUUACAUAUUGCCUUUGCUACUAGAAUACCUCUUGGUACGUCUGGGUUUGAGGUGUACACACACCCCUGACUCCAGCACAGCAGCUUUUGGGUAUCUCUUUGCUUUAAAUUCUUAUUCCUGAUGCCACGACGUGGAAAACAUCUCUUAAGGAACUGGAGAAGUGGAUAUGUUUUCUUUGGUGUUUCGUACCAAGCAGUGUGUGGCUGGAUUGCAGUCGUGGUGCUGAUGCACUAAUUAAUGAGUGCU